CAUAUUAACUCCGAUGACCCGUUUGCACACCCAGCAAUCGACCCCCAAUUCCUCAGCCGCGAGUUUGAUGCAGCGGUAUUAUUGGCCACUGUCAAGUUCAUGCAGCGAGUCGGGAACUUAAGCCCGUUCGCAGACAUGAUCGCAAAUCAAAGCGAUCCAUCGCCCACAGCGCAAACGUCUGACGAUCUUCUGAGUACCGUAGGGACAGCUGCAAUGGCGCCACGCAAUGCGGGAGGGGUCGUGAACUCGAGUCUCCUCGUGUAUGGUACGCGCAAUGUACGAGUUGUCGACGCUAGCAUAAUCCCGUUGCAUAUCGGCUGCCACAUCCAGUCGACCACAUAUGCCAUAGCCGAGAAAGUGAGCAGUCCACUUUGUCGCUGUUCAUACGGGAAUUGA